AUGUCUAACGAUACUGGUGCUGUUACAAAUGCUUCAACUGGGAAUGAUUCUGGUGAUGAGUAUUUGAGUCAAGAGGAAGAAGUCUUUGAUGGUAACGAUAUUGAAAAUAAUGAGAAUAAAGUCUACGAAGAAUCGCUUGAUUUAGAUUUAAACCAGAGUAAUAGACAAGUUUGGUUGGUGCGUUUACCCAUGUUUUUGGCUGAAAAAUGGAGAGACAGAAACAAUAUUCAUGGUCAACAGCUUGGUAAGAUUAGAAUUAAUAAAGACGGUAGCAAGAUUCAACUUGUACUCGAUGAGAAUGAUAACGAUUCUAUACCGCAUCAAUACGAUUUAGAAUUGACCAAGAAAGUGGUUGAAAAUGAAUUUGUGUUUACAGAGCAGAACCUAAGGAAGUAUCAGCAACGUGUUAGAGAAUUAGCAACAGAUCCUGAGAAACAGAAACAAGCAUUUCAAAGAAAACAAGAAAGGGAGGAAGAGCUAAAAAGGAGACAACAACAGUUAAAACGUAGGAACAAUAGGAAGAAAUUCAACCACAGAGUUAUGACCGAUAGAGAUGGUAGAGAUAGGUAUAUUCCCUAUGUGAAAACAAUCCCCAAAAAAACCUCCAUCACAGGGACCGUUUGUCAUGAAUGUCAAGUAAUGCCUUCAAUGAAUGAUCCUAAUUACCACAAGAUUGUCGAACAGAGACGUAAUUUGAUCAAAAAUAACAACAAAGAACGUAUUACAACGCUGGAUGAAACUGUUGGUGUUACAAUGAGCCACACUGGUAUGUCUAUGAGGGGUGACAACUCUAACUUCUUGAAGGUCGGUCGUGAAAAGGCAAAGAGCAAUACCAAAUCAAUUCGUAUGCCUAAGAAAGAAAUUUUGGACUAUUUGUUCAAAUUAUUUGAUGAAUACGACUAUUGGUCUCUGAAGGGAUUAAAGGAAAGAACAAGACAACCUGAAGCCCACUUGAAAGAAUGCUUGGAUAAAGUUGCAACCUUGGUGAAAAAAGGGCCAUAUGCAUUCAAAUACACCUUGAGACCAGAAUACAAGAGAUUAAAGGAAGAAGAAAGAAAAGCUACUCUGGGUGAAUUGGCGGAUGAGCAAGGUACUGGUGAAGAUGGACAAGAUGGUGAAGGUGAAAAUGAAGGUGAUGAUGAAAUUGAAAUGGAAGAUGUGGUUUAA